AUGAAAAUUGAUCCAAGGUUCCAGCGGGCGCGAAGCAUCCUUUGCGGCAACAGCAUGAUCCGCCCGCGUGGCGCACCCCGCUUUGCAGAGUGUUUGGGACUUUUGUCGUUGAACACGGACAGUGCCCUUUGGCACAAGUUUCAGUGGAUCGAGGAGGACGCGUGGCUGUUGUCCUGGUGGGAUCGGGCACAUCUGGUGGAGCUCGCAACCCGAGACCUGUCCUGGAUGGGACUCAGCAACCUGCCAGAAGCGAUAGCCAUGCACGAGCUACAGGAAGACAGCAGAUGGAAGCGAUUGAAUUUCAUGCAUUAUUAUCUGAAUGGUGCCGAUGAUGUCGCCAAAUAUGGAAAAUGGGCAUGGGCCUCCGAGACCGCCAGGUACUUCACGAUUGGUCGUCCUGGCUGGACUGCCAAGGUCAUCACUGGUGCCCAGGCAUGUGGCGUGUGGAACAAACCCUACUUCUACAUUGCUCCGGAGCUGCCGGACAUCUCUGCUACCGAAGUGCGCGCUUCCCUCAGACAAGGGGACCGUGAAUCGCUGGCUCGUAUGCUGCACCCGGCUGUGGCUGCAUGGUGCCUGGAGAAGAUCUGUCACAGCCCCGAGGAGGGCGAAAUGGCGGACACAGACAUCUCUGAGAUAGCUGAGGCUGCAGAGCAAUAA